UGCAAGUGUAACUGGGAGAGGAAACUCUGAGAUUGAGGUAUUGUUUGUAGCACAGGUUAACAAAAAGAGACACGUGCUCACAGUUGUUUCUCACAGUGCUGCUUUCUGUAUGAGACCUUUUCUCCAUGCUUGGGUUAGUAAUGAGGACCACCGCCGCUCUGCUCUCUCUGUAUUUUUGGGUAAACACUGGCAUCCAUGCUGCUCAAACAGGUUCAAAAUGUGGGAUUUCUCAAGUGUGUAACCCGAUGGUUUCCUCUCUGAGGGUGGUAGGAGGAACUGAAGCCAUGUACGGAUCACACCCGUGGUUGGUUUCCCUCCAGAACAGGGGCUCACAUUUCUGUGGAGGAUCCAUCUUGAGUGACCGCUGGAUAAUGACUGCUGCACACUGCUUCACAUCUUUGUCAAAAGAGUUUCUCAUUGGUGUAAGAGUCAUUGUUGGAGAGUUUGACCAGAGAGUACACGAUGAGGAGGAGCAAGUCUUUCUGGUCAAGUCUGUCUCAGUCCAUGAGAAGUACAACCCUGCUCUGCCGAUGAACUAUGACAUAGCUCUCAUAGAGCUGAACCAACGCAUCCAGAUGGGAGCUCGUGUCCAGCCGAUAUGUCUGCCUUUACCUAAUGAGAAUAUCCUUCCUCAGACCACUUGCAUGACGGCUGGAUGGGGAAGGAUAAAGGAACGCGGCCGUCUUCCUGUGGUUCUGAGAGAGGUGCAUUUGGAUUUGGUUGAUGGAGCCAAAUGUAAAUAUGUCCUCCAAACUCUUAAAGGUUCUAUGAUGAACCAGAGACUCAUCCGGCCUCAGCCAAGCAUGACAGUUCUAUGUGCCGGCCCAGAGACAGGAGGGAGAGAUGCUUGUCAGGGAGACUCAGGAGGUCCUUUAGUAUGUCCAGCAAGGUCAGAAGGUCAUCACUGGGUGGCUCUGGGCGUGACUUCCUGGGGUAAAGGAUGUGGUAGGAGCUGGGGAAACAACAGCAGCCGCCCCCCUUCCAAACGAGGUUCUCCGGGGAUUUUCACUGACGUCAGGCUGCUGCUGCCUUGGAUCAAGCGUAAAUUGAGAGAGGCUGAGCACCAGCAGCAGACAACGGUUUCAUCAAGACUCUGCAGUGUGAGAGAUGGGCCUGUGUCUGACAUUAACGGGGUAAUCAAAAAUCCCAGGCUCCAUGGCGAUCGCUAUGACAACAACCAGUUGUGUUUGUGGAGCAUCAGCGUUCCUCCAGGUUAUAGUAUUCUGCUGGAGUUCGAUCUUUUUGACUUGGAGAACGACUCAUACUGUCGGUACGAUCGACUCACUGUUUCAAUAGGAAGCCAUCGGCCUGUUGGAGUAUUCUGUGGAAGUGUGCUGCCCGGCCCAAUUCUUCUAAAUAAUUCCCACAAUGCCACACUUCUCUUUUCCUCUGAUAUUAGCAGAGCAGGAAGUGGCUUUGUAAUUAGGCACCAUGCGGUCAAAGGACACUUUCAUCCUGGAUGUGGGACACUUGUUCUGGUUGAAGAUAAGGCUUCUAUACACAGUCCAAAUCACCCACAAGCCUACAGUAAUGACUGUGUCCUCCGCUGGGUAAUCCAUGCUCCUCUGGGUCAUGUAGUUAAGCUGGAGUUUACUGAUUUUGACCUGGAGGAGUCGGAGAGAUGCUUGUAUGAUUCCCUCACUGUCCUUGGAGAUGUUGAAGGAACAGAGGAGAUCGCCUUGCUGUGUGGCGGCAGUAUCCCUCCUCCUGUCCUGUCCUACAACAGCACCAUGGUGCUUCAAUUUACGUCGGACAGCAGCAUCACUCAUAGGGGGUUCAGGGCUACACUGACAUUCAUCAGCAUUACAGAACCAGUUGUGCAGCAUUACAGAACCAGAGCCCUGCCUCUCCGGGCCGUGGACCAUGACGCCUCAGAGGAUGUUACCCUGAAUGUGGACUGGAGUGUAGAUGAAGAUUACAGCAGUGAAUCAUCAGAGCUGGCAUAGUAACCUGCAGGGAGGAGGUUACCUGUGAAAACCUGUGGCUUUAACUCUCCUGCUGCUUGGGAAUGCAAAAACGGGAGUUUUUAAUCCCUUGUCUGUUACUUGUUGCUGUUUCCUAGAAUGCUUGCUCUCCAGUUUUCAACAUAAUGAUAGUUCAAGAACCACACUGGUAGUUUAGUUUAGUCAUUUGUGUUACAGAAGCUUCAGGAUAUUCCUCGCACCAUUUUGUCAUCUUGCUAUUUUCUUACCCUGAAGUUAUGUACAAGUAUUAAAGACUGUAUUAAAAAUCUGCCUCAUAAUUUUUUGCAGCGAUUUGGUCAACAUUUGUUGCUUUUAAAUCAUUUGACUUGACACAGAGUCAUACAGAGAGCAUUAUUCU